CACUGAUCACCAUCUACAAAUAACAAAUAUGCUCAAAAUUCCAUAACAAACUUUCUACCGAUCACUUACCAGCCGCUGGAAUUCGUGAUUUUCUUGAUUGAAUCACCAUGUCGGAACGGGUCAAGCAAGCGGCCAUCCAAGAGGCUCAGCAUGUCCAACACCAAGCGAAGAAAGCGGUGGGGAGCGGCACAUAUAUCUAUCCCAUUCGGGGCAUAUUCUAUUUCCUGACCCACCGUAGCCUCUGGAAGCCUCUUCUCGACAAACUUACCCCAACCAUCAGCCUUGGAAUCGGCGUCACGGCCUUCUGCUUCAUCUUCCUCUACCUUCCGCAAGCUGCCGUUCUCACGAUUUUCAACGGUCCGCUUGCGGUGCUGACCACCAUUCUUCUUACGCUCAGUGAGGCAUCGACUCUCACAACGGUCCUGAGUAGGACCUGGUUCCUCGACGAUGCCUUGAUCGACACCUUCGAUGGAACCCUCCUCACCCGCAACAUGACCGCGCUCGUCAAGCCCGGCCGCGAACUCAAAACCAACAGCUCCGACCCCGUCGGCAAGCUCGGCAAGCUCCUCACCAAGCCCUUUUCCAACUUCACCCCGCAAGCCCUCCUCCGCUACUUCCUCUACCUCCCCCUCAACUUUAUCCCCAUCGUCGGCACCGUCGUCUUCAUCGUCAUGCAGGCCCGCAAGCUCGGCCCCACCCACCACGCGCGCUACUUCCAACUCAAAGGCUGGAACGCCCGCCAGCGCGAGAAGUGGAUCGACGAGCACAUCCCGCAGUACACCGCGUUCGGCGUCCCCGCCGUCCUGCUCGAGCUGCUCCCAUUCAUCGGCAUCUUCUUCUCCUUCACCAACGCUGUCGGCGCGGCGCUGUGGGUGGCUGAGCUGGAGGGGCGGGAGACGACGGCGCGGGAGUUGAAGGCGCAGGCGCAGGAGAUAAAGGGGCGGAGGUCGACAGCGCUGGAGGCGAAGGAGCAGGCGCAGGCGGCGCAGAGGCAUUUGGAGGAGUUGGCGGAGCAGGCGGAAGUGAUGGAGGAGGAGGAGGAGUUAUCGGGAAUGUCAAAGAGGCAUGAUUUGAGGAAGCGUAGUGGGGAUGAUUGAGGGUUGUCUUAGGGAUAACUAGGAAGCGGGGUUGACAAGAAUGAAGAAACAUCAUUAUGGUUCGCAUAUCAUGCUCAUACAGCGACAGAUAUGCAUAUUGUGAAUAUAACCUUAUCGUAUUAAUUCUAGAGAUUGAUGUCUAAGUUCAUUUUCGAGAGCCGGGGAUUGGUC